AUGAAAUCUAGCGUGUUGCAGGACCUAGAAACGGGGUGGCGGGGAUUGAUAUUUUGUUCGGCAACCAUUCCCCGCAGCCUCGACAACCAACUCCGCAAACGCUACCCCGAUGUUCGGCGCUUGACAACCCCCAACCUCCAUGCCAUUCCUCGUCGCGUACAGCUUGGAGUGGUAGAUAUCGAUAAGGAGCCUUACCGCGGAAACCGGAGCCUCGCCUUUGCGGACGUGGUCUGGUCGAUUGGCAAGGCGGGUGAAGGUAGCGACGGCGAGUCGUACGGUCCGUUGACAUCAUAUAUGGGCCCCAAGGUCAAUAAAAUCAUUGUGUUUGUCAAUGAGCGUGAGGAGGCGGAUGAAGUGGCGCAAUUCCUUCAAUCCAAGGGCAUCGACGCCGUUUCCUUGUCUCGCGAUUCCAGCUCUCGAAAGCAAGAUGAGAUUCUCGCGGAAUUCACCGAAGUCGACCAGCCCCCCACUGCGGAAGAAAUCACACUGGCACGUAAACAAGCCCGCAUGGAGAAAUCCAUUCCCUUCGAGGUUCCGGAUAAGAAAGCUGAGGUCACUCGCCGCCUCCCCAACACCAAAGUCCUAGUGACUACCGAUAUUGCCUCCCGAGGUAUCGAUACCUUGGCUGUCAAAACAGUGGUGCUCUACCACGUUCCACACACAACGGUUGAUUUUAUUCAUCGACUGGGUCGCCUGGGCCGCAUGGGUAAGCGUGGUCGGGGUGUUGUUCUCGUCGGCAAGAAGGACCGCAAGGAUGUGGUUCGCGAAGUCCGCGAGGGCAUGUUCCGUGGCCAAGCCUUGAUCUAG